CGCUUCUGGCGACGGAGGCUGAGGGAGGUGUAGAGAGCGGUCUUACUAGUGGGCGUCUCUGCUGGCUGGCUCUGCUCCUGUGCCACCGCCCUCUUGGCUCCCGGGGGCCCAUUGCUCCCCUCCCCGCUACCGCUGGCUCGGCGGUACCUCGCAGGGUGAAGGCUCCCUCUCCCCGGCUCCCCUUCCCCCCACCCCGUCGCCCCGCCCACUCUGGGCUGGGCGGCAGGGUCAGGGGCCGAGCGGAGCCGGUUGUUAUUUAGUAUGGAAGAAGAUGAGUUCUUUGGAGAAGAAACGUUCCAGCAUUAUUGUGCAGAAUUCAUUAAACAUUCACAGAAGAUAGGCGAUGGCUGGGAAUGGAGAACUUCAAAGGACUGUUCUGAUGGCUACAUGUGCAAAACACAGUUUCAAAUUAAAAAUGGGACUGCAGUGUCACAUCGAGGAACAUCUGCCCGUGUACAAACAUGUCUUCCCAUGGAGGCAACAUUUUAAUCUCUCAUGGCUGAGCAGAAAAGAGGCUUUAGAGCCACCCCUGGAUGAUUUUGAGGUGACGGAGACCACCACAGCAACCGAAGUGAUUAAAUAUGAGUAUCAUGUCUUAUAUUCCUGCAGCUACCAAGUGCCUGUGCUUUACUUUAGGGCAAGCUUUUUAGAUGGAAGCCCUUUAGCUCUGAAGGACAUAUGGGAAGGAGUUCAUGAGUGCUAUAAGACUCGGCUGCUGCAUGGACCAUGGGACACUAUUACCCAGCAGGAGCAUCCAAUACUUGGACAACCCUUUUUUGUACUUCAUCCCUGCAAGACGAAUGAAUUCAUGACUCCUGUGUUAAAGAAUUCUCAGAAAAUCAAUAGGAAUGUCAACUACAUCACGUCAUGGCUGAGCAUGGUAGGGCCAGCUGUCGGGCUGAAUCUGCCUCUGAGUUACGCCAGAGCAGCCUUUCAGGAUGAAGGAAACGUCGACAGACAAGAUUCUUCUAUUGAGCCAAAGAGCUUAGAAGAACUCUGAGAGUUUACGUGGCCGGCCCUGGUUUUAAUGGGACCAAUAUGGUGUGAGAUUCAGAUCACCGAGAUUUUGACGUGGAUUUUUUUCCCCUUGGAAGCAAAUGUCUGCAGCAACUGAUGUACUCUAUGUUUAGAAGACACACUGCAAAGACACAAAUCACUAUAAAUAGCAAAAAAGGAAUCUAACUUGGUAAUAGAAAUACUGACAUCAUCAGGGCACUUCCAGGUCGUUCCCUCAUGUCUCUGAGACUCAUUCUCUUCACCUUUAAUUUGCGAAUAACAAGCUACCUCACAGGGUUGCUGUGUGAAGCACAUGAGAGCCUUAGUGUAUGAGAAAAUACGGUAAAGUAUUAUGCAAAUAUUCAUUAAAUGGUCACCUUUCUUAUAUUUGAUUGUCAUUCACCUAGGCUAUCAAUAAGUUUAAUAGUCAGUAAGAUAUUAAGAUGAACCAUAGAAUUUUCGGUUUGGGGUUGCCUGUUUUGUUUUUCAUUUUAACUUGCUAGGGUCUUAAACUAAGAGAAAAACGUAAUUGACUCUUUAGAGCAUCUAGAUUAGUGUCUGUCAGUGGGGGAUGCACUUUAGAGUCACUUGAGGAUCUUUUACAAUUACAGACGCUGGGGCCACCUGCUGGAACAGCCCCUCUGGGGUGAUUCUGAUGCACAUGCUCCUGAAGAAGUUCUGGUCUGGAUGUACCUUUCAAGUGGCAUUUAUUUGUGUUGCUUUGGUCUCCCAGUAGGUCCUUUCCAAUUCUGUGCAUAGCUCCUGCAAGAUGGACUUACUUCCUAACAUUGCCCGGACCUUGCCCCGAGAAUCUGUAUAGCAAGGAAGUCUAGGAGGCAUUUGGAGAGGCGGCCUACUUUGGAGAAGCAGUUAGGAUGAGGGGAUUAUCUGCUGGCGAAUAGCAGAGGACAGCGACAGCCCUGUGAGUCUCUAGGUUAAGGGCUGUACUCUCACGAAGGGAACAGAAGUAGAGAAAGGGUUAAUUCAAACUGCUGGAAAAGCUAAAAGCAAAUUUUAAAACGCUGAGCUGCACAUAUUCUUGCUGGGAUGAGAGCCUGCUUACAUGCUUGUUGGGCAUUUUGGUAUUUACCAGUUAACAUCUUUUCAGCUUCUGCAAGGGAUUUCCACCUCCCACCCCCGACUCUCCCUAAUGUAAACACAGAUUUCUCAGCAAGUCAUUUCUCAAGCCAUGUCAUUUCUAGGGUAAAAAAAAAUCGUAAUAAUGUGUCAUCUGGAUGAUGUACUCGUCUGGAAAUACUAGUUAUCCUUUUUGAACAGAUUCUGAGAUGAUAGUAGCCUGUCAGUUUGGGGGCAGUGUGUAGUUUCUUUUCUUUUUUUAAUAAAUUUAUUUAUUUUAUUUAUUUAUUUUUGGCUGUGUUGGGUCUUCGUUGCUGUGCGUGGACUUUCUCUAGUUGCCACGAGCGGGGGCUACUCUUCUUUGCGGUGUGCGGGCUUCUCAUUGCAGUGGCUUCUCUUGUUGCAGAGCACAGGCUCUAGGCAGGCAGGCUUCAGUAGUUGCAGCACAUGGGCUCAGUAGUUGUGGCUUGCAGGCUCUAGAGUGCAGGCUCAGUAGUUGUGGUGCAUGGGCGUAGUUGCUCUGCGGCAUGUGGGAUCUUCCCAGACCAGAGCUUGAACCCAUGUCCCUUGCAUUGGCAGGUGGAUUCUCAACAACUGCACCACCAGGGAAGCCCUAGUUUCUUUUUUUUAAGUUAAUUUUUUUUAAUUCCCUGAUUGAUGAAGACCUAAAAACUCACCAGUGGCAGAACAAAGUUCUGAAGAGCUCCUGUAGGUUGUAGAGACCACCCUCCCCAGACAGAUGCUUCUCCUCAAGCAGCUCUAUUUUUUUCAGAAUUUUUUUCACUUAAACUUUUAAUUUUUGGUUGAUAAAAAUUUCCCUUUUUUAAGAAUGCAGUUAAAUAACAGACUGUUACCCCAACUGUCAUAAAAUUAGAAAAUAUUUUGUUUUGUCAAAGUAACAGUUCUUUCUCUGCAACAUGAGGAUUUUUCUUCUUCGGGGUUUCCUCUCCAGCCAAUACAAUGCAAAGCCCCUUCAGUGAGGAACAAGACUGGUUAAAGCUGCUACAAGUCAGUCUCCUAAACUCUUGGAAAAACUAUUUCACCUCUUUGGUCCUCAGAGUCUUCAUCUGCACCAUGAGGAAGCUCAGCCAUGUGACUUGUGAGGCCCACCUGACUCUUGGGUCUGUGAAAUUGGGAGAAGUCUAGGGAGCUGGACUGUGAGGUUGGUUUGCUACUAGCUGCGUGGCUUGAGCUAAUUUUCUUAAUCUCCUUUAGUCUGUUACCACUUCUGUUUUAAAAAGUCCGUUAAUAUCAAUCCCACUCACCUAACAAGGGCACAGAGAUCGAAAUGGUGAGUGAGUCUGAAUGCGCUGCAUAACUAACACAGUGCCACACGGAGUCAGCGGGAGAGGGUAAUCUGCCCUGCUGCCGUCGAGGCACAUGCCUGCUCCUUCCCACCUCAGUUUGGGCCUGACUUCUCCCCAGGCGAAUGGGCUCCUGGUCGGGCGCCUUCUCUGCCCACAACCUGACUGUCCCUCAUGCUGGUUCUCACCUGGAAGUGUUUCCCUCCCCAUCUCUCUGCCCAAUUCUCAACCUGCUAUAUGUGAUCCACUCUUUACAAAGCCAUCUCUGACCACCACAGCCCCCCCGUGUUGGACCUCUCCCUUUGUUAUCCCUGUACUUAUUCAUAGAAGCAUUUAACUCUCUCCUUUUCACUCUGAUUUGAUGGAUAAUAAGUAACUUCUUGAGCCACUUUUUUGGGUAUGUCGUAAGGUGGCAUUCAGGAAGGGUUGCUGUCUGCCCCUCGUAAGUGAUCCAGGGAAAGCUUUCAGUCUGGGGACCCGAGUGGGUGGGCUAGUUCUUUGAGUAACCAUGGAAGAGUCAGAGGGUGUGCUGAUCAUCAGGUACUAGCCUACAAUCUGGAGGUUAAAAAAAUGAAACUACCACCCCCCACCCAAUAUGUAUAAGAUAAGGAGGAAAAAAAAGUCAGAAGUGGGUUUUUGCAUCCAUUUCUCCCAAGAUAGGUAUAGUUUUUCUUAAUACUCUCAAGAUAUUAGGAAACAGAUCUGCAUUAUCAAAACUAGUUCUUCACAUAUCUAUGGAAUCUAAAAAAAAAAAGUUCUGAAGAACCUAGGGGCAGGACAGGAAUAAAGACGCCGAUGUAGAGAAUGGACUUGAGGACAUGGGGAGGGGGAAGGGUAAGCUGGGACGAAGUGAGAGAGUGGCAUGGACAUAUAUACACUACCAAAUGUAAAAUAGCUAGUGGGAAGCAGCUGCAUAGCACAGGGAGAUCAGCAAGGUGCUUUGUGACCACCUAGAGGGGUGGGAUAGGAAGGGUGGGAGGGAGACGCAAGAGGGAGGGAGAUAUAUGUAUAUGUGUAGCUGAUUCACUUUGUUAUAAAGCAGAAACUAACACACCACUGUAAAGCAAUUAUACUCCAAUAAAGAUGUUUAAAAAAAAAAAACAAAGAAAAACUAGUUCUUACAUAAUUCAGAGAGCUGAUAUUCCAGUGAGUUGGAGUUUUGGGGGGAUUAAAAUCUGAGAGUAAGAAUAUGCAAAGAUUCACUUCGGCAGAUACUUACUGAGUUCCUCUUGUGUGCUGAGCCCUAGGCUGGGUGGCAGGGGCAGCAGACCGAGAGCCCUGACCCGGCUCAUACGAAUGCCCCAGUCCAGUGGAGAAGACAGACAAGAAGAAGAUUGAUGGCACGACGUGUGUUGUAGCGGAGGUGUGGAAAGCAAGCACCAGGGAAGAGUCACAGAAGAGGAAUGUGAGUAGAGUUGUGAAAAACUUAGGAUUUAGCCAGGCCAAGAAUGGAGGAAGGAAAGACCUUGAAGUUGCAUGUGGGGAAGUGGUAAAGAGUGAGGCUGGCUAGCAGGACUGGGGCCAGGUCUGGAGGAGCCUUUAUUGCCACACUGAUGAUUUGUAUUUGGCCUGAAAACCACAAAGAGCUGCUGAGGGAAUUCAAGUAAAACAGUUAAGGUGAUCAUAUUUGUAUUUCAGAAAGGACUCGUAUUUUUAAAAGGACUAAUCACACAUACACUUUGUUGGUUUUUUCACCAGCAGGCACUGGCCCACAAACUUUAGAAGAAACAGGAGUGCAGAAAGGGCUGGGAGUAUGUCAAGGACAGUUUUUGAAUUUUGCCUAGCACCUUUCAAAGCAAAACCUGCCAGUGUCCUGAAAAGUCUGAGUCCUGGUUUACUGUGUUAUUUGGGGCAAGUCACUGCACCUCUCUGAAUCUCUGUUUCCUAACGUAUUAAAUGGAAGGAAGGGUAUUAGAUCAAGUAAAAUCAAUUUACUGGAUUAUGACCAGUAUUUUUUUUAUGAAAUAGAAUAUGUCUAGGAAAAGCAUUCCCUGGGUUUCCUUUACUGUCACAAUACUAUCAUACAGCACAUCUGACACUAGAUGUUAUGGGUUUUCCACACAUCAGACAAGUCUGCAACACCAGCUAAGUGUUCUACAAUUUAGUUCAGUUCUCACACCAUCUACCUGAAGUUAGCAUCAGAUCCUCCAGGUUAAGUGUUCAGUCCCAUAAGACUGCCCCACUUAAGAUACCAGUUGCAAGUCCCAGAUUGUCACCUGUAUUUCUAACUGACCAGCUAUAAAUCUGGGUUCCAAUGACCCCCCUCCUUGGGUCCAGUAAUUUGCUAGAAUGACUCACAGUACUCAGGGAAACACUUACUUAUGCUUAUCAGUUUGUUAUAUAACAAAGGAUAUGAUAAAGGAUACAGAGGAGGAGCUGCACAGGUGAGGUCCGGAAGGGUCACAAGUGCAGGAACUUCUGUCCCCCUGUGGUUGGGGAGCACCACCCUCUUGGCAUGUAGACGAGUUCACCACCCUGGAGGCUCUCUGAACCAUGUACUUUUGGAAUUUUUAUGGAGGCUGCAUCACAUAGGCAUGAUCAAUCAUUAACUCCACUGCUAACCCUUCUCCCCUUCCCGGAUGAUGGGGGAUGGGGCUGAAAGUUCCAAGCUUUUAAUCAGGGCUUGGUCUUCCUGGCGACCAGCUCCCAUCCUGAAGCUAUUCAGGAGCCCACCAAGAGUCAACCCAUUAGAACAAAAGCCACUUCUAUCACCCGGGAAGUUCCAAGGCAUUUAGGAGCUCUGUGCUAGGAACUGGGGCAAAGACCAAUAUAUGUUUUCUGUUAGUUCACAAGUACAUAGAAAAAAGUGCAUUGCACAUAGUGAGGGUAUCAUUGUUUUGUGAAACUUUGAUUUCAACUAGAAGUAGAAACACAGACAUAUAAAAUCUGUGUCUAUGGUGUGUGUGUGUGUGUGUGUGUGUGUGCACUAGGUUGUGAUGUAAACGUAUUUCUAACUCCAGGGAGCAGAGAUUUGAAAACUAAUAGGCAAAUAAACUCCCUUCCAAUUCUAAGACCUUUGAUUCCCUUCUUAUGCUGCUGACCAGUAAGUUGCUAAAGGUUGUUCUGGAAGGUAUAGGGAAUACUUAACUAUUAGCAUGCCCAUGGAACUGGGCUACUUUGAUAUGCACAUAGGUUCUGGAAGCGCCCCUUCUGGGUUUUUAUAGGGCUUGUCUGUAAAAGUGCUUUCACAUUUUUAUUCUUAAAUUUCUUAGUGUUCUUUAAAGCAGUUCUGUAAUGUAAACCCCUUGCUUUUGUCUAACUUUUGUGUUGUCAAUAGCGACACCUAGUGGUAAAAGAGUCCUAUUGCAAAUAUCUUGUACAGACUUAGAGCUGAAAAGUGAUUUUAGAGAUCACCAAGUCCCAUUUUGUAAAUUAUUAAAAACAAACUGGAAACUCACAUGUAUUCCUACAUUCAUAUAAACUUUACAUGAGAAUAAAUAAAACCUAUGGCUAGGUGGUGAUUUCUUGGGUUACUUUAAAGCUUUUCAAAUACCCAGAGAUCACUGUUAGUAAUAACAGCGAAGCAGAAAUUUAACAAAGCAUGCCCUGAUAGGCUAACAGGAAGUCAUAGUUCAGUAUAUCUGCAGCCGUUGGUGCAUUGGUAUUUACACAUGCAUGCCAGAUCUUCAGGGUUUAGUAUGGUGCCUGGCACUUGGUAGUACUCAAUAGAUCUCUGUGGAAUGUUUGUGUAUGUGGGUGAUCACUGAGCCCAGGGGACGCCUCUCAUGGUUUCCAUUCUGCAGACGCUAAGGACUGGACCUGUUUUGCUCCUGGGAACUGACACCCACUCCUCUAUCCUUUGAGAAGAUUCAUUUCCCCUGCCACCAGCAGCAGAGUGGGAGAAGGUUUCCAUAGCCCCCUCCUUCAGUAGGUUCAGAGAGAGAAUACCCAAGCCCUUUCCUGCGUAGUGAGAGGGAGAUGGUUAAAUAUAGUAGCAUAUAGUAGUUAAGGGGAGUGAAUUCAUCUCCAUGUAUCAAAACAGGCAAUUCUCGGGGCCUCCCUGGUGGUGCAGUGAUUAAGAAUCCACCUGCCAAUGCAGGGGACACAGGUUCGAGCCCUGGUCUGGGAGGAUCCCACAUGCCGCGGAGCAGCUAAGCCCGUGCACCAGAACUACUGAGCCUGCGCUCUAGGGCCCGCAAGCCACAACUACUGAGCCCGCACACCUAGAGCCCAUGCUCCUCAACAAGAGAAGCCACCACAAUGAGAGACCCGCGCACUGCAACGAAGAGUAGCCCCCGCUCACCACAACAGCAACAAAGUGUGUGUGUGUGUCGCGCACAGCAGCAAAGACCCAACACAGCCAAAAAUAAAUAAAAUGAAAUAAAUAAAUUAAAAGAAAAAAAAACAGGCAAUUCUCAUAAAAUGUUGAGUUAAAACAGAAAACAAAAACUAGAGGCUAACUAUGCAUGCCACUUAACACUAUAUAAAAAAUACACUAAUACCACACAUUUUCUGUAGUACAUAUACAGUAUAUGUAUCUAAAAACAUUAAAGUGGUCAGAAGGACACACAAAACUUGUAAGAGAGGUUACCUCAGAGGUGGAGAGUGGGAACUUGGACUGGAAGUGAUCAAAGAAGACUUGGGCUCUUUUUUAAUGCAGUAUACACAUGUAUCCAGAGACUGCAAAACUAAAAAUUCACUAAAAAAAAAGAUUUUUGUCCUUAUAGAUAAUUUAGAAGUCGCAGAAAAAUUUGAAGGAGAAAAUUUAAAACUUACUUGUGUUUAUAACCCAGGGAUUACAGUUAAAAUUACAGUUAAAAUUUUGAUAUAUUUUCUUGUUGUGGUUAAACAUAUUUAAUUAGGAUCAUUCUGUAUAUGGUUUUACACCCUGAUUUUUCCCACUUAACAUUUUAUGUGCAGCAUUUUCCCAUCAUUUAACAUUCUUUGAAGAAAAACAACUUAAAAUGACUAGUAUUUCUUUUAAAUCAAAAUGUACCAAAUAGUUUUAGGGCUUUGGGGGUUGUUUCUAAUUCUUCACUGUUUAUUUAACAUGCAUUCAACUAGCACUUAUUUCCUGCAUGGUUAGGAGGACCUGUGCUAGGGAUAUAGUGUUCAGUAGGGUCCCCCUCCCCCCAGAGCUUUCAAAUGUAAGAUACGUGUGCAGAAAUAGUUGCUCACAUUAUGUUUCUCUGGGUUACACUGUUACUAAGGGAAUGAAGGGAUCAAAGGAUAUGGAAUGUUUUAAGAUUUUUGAUUCCUGUCGCUAAACUGUUCUACCAGUAAGGCUACACCAAUUUACAUUCCCCAAAGCAGUCUGUGUUUUACCAUUUCCUAAAAUCAAUGAAAAUGAUUUUAGUUUAUUGUGCUUUUAUUAUUGAACUGAUCAUUUUUCUCAUCUAGUCUUGCUAAAAUUUGCAUGGAUUCUCAGCUUUGUUUCUUCCUGAUGUGUUACAUACGUCUCAGUGCUCCUAGGGUUAGUUUCCAGCUUCUUUAUUGUCCACUUGAUUGUUCCAUAUCUUCAUUUUGCCCCUAUCAGAGCUGACUGUACUGGUUCUACUAUGACCAGAGAGAGUAUGGCAGUUAAGCAAUUAGGACAUGUAUGUAAUUUAAAAAAAUUAUUAUGGGAAAUUUCAUACAUACCGAAAAGUAAAUAGUACAAUGAACUUUAACAUACCUAUAAAUCAGAAUCAGCAGUUA